UUUGGCUGGAGGAUAAUACGAGGCUGGGCGAUCGCCAGAGUCGUCCAUGACGAAGCAAUGCUUCAAAUUCUUGGCGACCAGCCGCUGGUUUUCCGCCCUGGAAUGCCCAUCACCGUCCACGCAUUUGCUUCGUACUCUGACCAGCAUCCCUUUGAUGAAGAGGAGCUUGUAGACGCUAAGGUGACCAUCACCUUGUCUGUCUAUGGGGGAACUAGUCAGGUGGAGAGCGCGGAGAUAUCAGGUCUUGAUCUGGUCGAGCAAGGCGGGGUCUCUAAAGCGGUUUUCGACAUUCCGGACUUGGCGGAAACUUUAAAAAUUGAUGCUCAGUUUAUAAGCUCAAGCGGCCUGCAAGCGGCGUCCACAGCGCUGGGCACCAAACACCACUCCCCUCGGGACUACUACCUCCAGGUGGAGACGUCUAGCCAGGGCACCGUUUCUGGAGACUACAUCGUUUUGCACGUGAGGAACAACUUCAGGACAGACUACAUCAACUUCAUGAUGAGUGGCAGCGGAGUGGCUCUGUACUCGGACCGCAUGGCUGUUGUUGACAAUUACCUUCCUACCGUCACCACCUUCGCCAUACCAGCGUCCACCGAAAUGGCGCCUGUGGCCAGAGUGACAGUGUGGGCCGUAGCAGACGACGGUCAGUUGGUCUCCCACGCCAUCGCCAUUCCAGUCAACCCCCUGGGGCGCCAUGAGGUCGGUAUCCGGUGGAAUGACCACAAAGACCACACGGGCGGUUCAUCCGAAUGGAAAAUGCUCGGUGAAAUUGGGUCCUUUUUCGGCGUUUCUUCGUUGUGGGAGGAAACAAACUUCCUGGACGCGGGACAUGACCUCGACGAGUCCCGAGUCCUGCAUCGCAUGAUGGGACUUGGAGAAGACGCCAUCUUAUCCGAGCAGUCAAGCCGGGCCCGUUUGUCGCAGCCACGUCCUAAAAACCAUCGCGUGCAGGACGAUUUCCCCUACGCCGAUGCACCGAAGCCUCACAUCCGUCGGGCCGCCACCAGAUCCCGCGACGGUGGAGGUUCUAAGGUGCAGUUCUUCCCGACCAGCCUGGGGGGUCCCGACGUUGCUUCUACCUUCGCCUUCGCUGAUCUACUUCUACUUACUGACACUACCGUCUACUACCAGCACAGUCAUUCUAUGGACACUGCGGAGUGCGAGUCGCCGGCGCUGCGCUGCCUGACGGGCGGCUGCUACCUGCCUCCUGGACGCUGCAACGGCCACUUCGACUGCACCGACAGAUCCGACGAGGCGGGAUGUCCCGUGGACGUAGACCCGCUACGGGAGUUCCGGCUGCACCGCAUGAGUCGCAUGUGGCGGGUCUACGACCCCGCGGACGGGGACUGGGCCUGGCGGGACGUGCGGCAGGAGGGGGCGGAGAUCCAAGUCUUCCCCAUCCCCAAGCGUCCCCAGACGUGGGUCGUCAACAUGUUCGCUGUGGGGAAGAACCUGGGGCUGGGGCUUCUGCAGGAGAAAAUAACGUUUGACUCAGCGGGCCCGUUCAUGCUGACGCUGGAGGCCCCGAAGGUGGCCCGUAUGUGGGAGCAAGUUGGCCUGCGGGUGUGCGCCUUCAACUUCCACUCGGCGAUGGUGGCCGCCCUCAUCAUCCUGCCGAUGUCUGACCAGUACAGGACGGUGGUGGUGGAAGAGGAUGGCAAGACCGAGGCAUACAAGCCCAAGACGGCAGAGGGAGAGUUCCAGCACCUAGUUUGGCUGCAGCCUGGGGAGUUCCGGGACGUGAGCAUCCCCAUCGUGUUCACGGGGAUGGGGGAGGUGAUGGUGACGGUGACAGGCUCCACCCAGAUGAUGAUGGACAGUGACUCGGCCACCAUCAACGUGCAGGCUGAGGGCGCAACGAUCGGGAAGCACACAUCACGCCUGCUGGACCUGAAGAACAGAGGCCUCGUGUACGAAUUCCUGGACAUUUCUCUGGACGAGUCACCCAUCAUCCCGUACUCCUUGAAACGCAGAUACAUAUACGAUACUCCUGCUGGACACAUCUCCAUCACUGGUGACGUGGUUGGACCAGCUUUCCCAGAAAUCCCAGUCACGACGGAGUGUCUCCUGGGCUUGGAACUGAUGGGGGCGGAGGCCGAGGCCUACAACUUUGCUGCAAAUUUGUGGUCCUUGCACUACCUGCGCCUCACGAACCAGCUGGAUAGUGACUUGACCCAUAAGGUCCUGAACGCCGUGGCGGUUCACUACGCCGCCAUCGCGAGGUACCAGAACGCCGACGGUUCGUUCUCGAUGUUCCCGGGCGACGAGGCGGGCGUGUGGCUCACCGCGCACAUCCUCAAGACGCUCCUCGUCGCCGACUUCCAGGACUGGGAGAACCACUUGUACAUAGACCGCCACGUGCUGAGCACAGCGACUUCUUGGCUCAUAGACCAUCAGACCAGCGAGGGCAGCUUCGCCGAGACCCCUCACUACCACGAGACCUUAGACCCAAAAGUAGACCCCGACAAGAGGAAGGCGCGCAACCGCAGCGUCGCCCUGACGGCGCACGCGCUGCUCGCGCUGGUGCCCGUGACGCCCACCCUGCAGAGCGCCCUCAGGGUCAGGGCGAACUCUGCCAUCACCAGCGCCCUCAGUUACCUAGAGCGCGAGCUGCCCAGCCUGGUGGACCCGUACGACGUGGCGGUGGUAGCCUGGGCGCUCACCAAGGCGGAGGCCGGGGCGUCCGACUUGGCCUUCGAACGCCUCGACCUCAUGAAGCGUACAGAAGGGUCACGCGUGUACUGGUCGAGGGAGCCCGUGGGGACGAACCCUCUGGUGUACGAGGACAGCCAGCGACCCUUCGUCCAGCCCAAGNACGACCAGAAGUGGGACGCGCACGCUGUGGAGACGACUGCGUACGCGCUGCUGCUGUACGUGGAGCGCGAGAGCCUCGGCGUCGUGCAGGAGAGCAUCGUGCGCUUCCUGGCCGAGAUGCGCGAGCUUGAUGGAGGCCUCAUAUCUACCCUCGACAGCGUGGUUGCUCUAGAGGCGUUAGUUGCGUACUCAUACCGCGCUCGUAUACGCGACAUCACAGACCUACACGUGCGCUUUGAGAUGUCAACCAACCCCAACCAGACGCUCGACGUGCACCUCUCCAACGACGGCAACCUGGCAGCCAUCCGCUCCUUUGACCUUGAAGCUAUCUACGGCCACAUCAACGUGAUAGGUCACGGGUCAGGUCAAGCUCUAGUACAACUGGACUACACCUACGCCGUCGACCAGCCCGACGAGCUAGACAUCCCCCCUGUGGAGGCCUACGACCUGGAGAUCAAAGCCCUGUACUCGGGCCGAAACAAUUCCCAUAUCAACAUAACCGCCUGUCAGAGAUGGACAUGCGAGGAAGCAGAGGAGACGAGCGGCUUGGCCAUCACCAGCAUCCACCUGCCCUCAGGUUACUACGUCAUGCAAGACGACCUCAUCCGUCUCGUGGACAGCAGAGUUGUGCCCAACCUGCGCUGGGCGCUACGCACCGACACUACGGUUAAGCUUUUCUUCAGCAAGUUGACGGAGGAGUGGACGUGCGUGAGCUACCAAGUGGAACGCUGGCACGCUGUCUCCAACCACUCCCGCUACAACACCGCCAUGGUUUACAGCCACUUCCAGCCUGAGCGGUUCAAUAUGACGCUGUUCGAGGUGUACCCUCUGUAUGACCUUGACAUCUGUGAAGUGUGUGGCUCUUUCCAGUGCCCCUACUGUCCCUUCUACAGCGGGGGCUUUAUACCCGCCCCCUCCAUGGGGGUUUGGUUGCCCCUGCUCCUGGUCUGGGGGUUAGUCUCCCAUCUGUGGACCCCCCCACCUAGAUGAGCCCAGCCUUUAUUUGUAUAUACUAUUAGUAUCCACUUUUUAAUUAUAUUUAACUUCACAA